GCCGUGAUGCUGCGCUGCUUGGGGAUAAAUGGCUGGACUCGGUGCCGCGGGGCUUCAAAGCAUGGGCAGGCUGCGGACGGAGAGCAGGGAGCUCAGGCACACACGCUGCCUUCACACACUGUCUGUGGAUGCACAACGGGCUGCGCGCUCUGGCAAUGACUCUGUAUAUCUGACCAGUUUUCUAUACGGAGGAGGAUUUCUUAAACUAAUAACCUAAUAGUUUUGAUGGUUGAAAAAUGUAGUCUGUGCAUUCAGGUCAUGGGUAUUUGAGGUGGGAUCUGAAGUUGUUUUUUUGUUGUUGUUUUUUUUUUGGAAUCAAAAACAACAUUAAAUAUUUGGGGAAAACUGCAAAGCCUGGUAUUUUUUAUUUUUCGAUGAACCAAGGACAUGACUAGGAUCCCCAUCAUGGAUGUGACAUGGGAGGGGAUUGACCCGGCGACACUACGAGCUCUGUUACUGGCAUGCGUGACUCUGUUGUUCUCCCUCCACCUGUCGCGGUGGCUCCAGCAGCGGCCCAUCUCCUGCCCGCCCGGCCCUCUCGCCUGGCCGGUCAUCGGGAACGCCGCGCAACUUGGCAAGGCACCGCACCUGUAUUUUGCGCGCAUGGCGAAGAAAUACGGCAACGUCUUCCAGAUCAAGCUGGGCUCUCGGACCGUGGUGGUGCUGAACGGGGACUCCAUCAAACAGGCGCUGGUAAAGCAGGGACCCGAUUUUGCCGGCAGACCGGAUUUCACCUCCUUCCAGUACAUCUCCGACGGGGACAGCCUGGCGUUUGGCACCAUCACGGACUGGUGGAAGGUGCACCGCAGAGUGGCCCAAUCCACCGUGCGGAUGUUCUCCACCGGGAACCCACACACCAAAAAGACAUUUGAGCAGCACGUCCUGUGCGAGGUCAAAGAGCUGAUGCAGCUGUUUGUGUGGAAAACGAAGGAGCACCAGUAUUUCCAGCCCAUGACCUAUCUCGUGGUGUCCACGGCGAACAUAAUGAGCGCGGUGUGCUUCGGGAAGAGGUACUCCUACGAGGACGAGGAGUUUCGGCAGGUGGUGGGCAGGAACGACCAGUUCACUCAGACAGUGGGGGCCGGGAGCAUAGUGGACGUGAUGCCCUGGCUCCAGUACUUCCCCAACCCCAUCAAAACCAUAUUUGACAACUUCAAGAAGCUCAACCUGGAGUUUGGCAUGUUCAUUCGAGAUAAAGUCAUUGAACACAGAAAAACAAUCCAGUCCAGCACCAUCAGGGACAUGACAGAUGCUUUUAUAGUGGCGCUGGACCAACUAAGAGACAAAACAGGACAUUCGGCAGGGAAGGACUACGUGUCCCCCACUGUUGGGGAUAUAUUUGGAGCAAGUCAGGACACACUGUCAACUGCUCUGCAGUGGAUCAUCCUCAUACUUGUCAAGUAUCCUGAGAUGCAGGUACGACUCCAGCAGGAGGUGGACAAGGUGGUGGACCGCAGCAGGCUCCCUUCUAUCGAGGACCAGCUGCAGCUGCCUUACAUCAUGGCCUUCAUCUACGAGGUGAUGCGCUUCACAAGCUUCGUCCCUCUCACCAUCCCCCACUCCACUACCACAGACACCUCCAUCAUGGGCUACAACAUACCAAAGAACACAGUCAUCUUCAUCAACCAGUGGUCCAUCAACCACGACCCAGCCGUAUGGUCCCAUCCAGAGACCUUUGACCCCCAGCGUUUCCUGGACCAGAACGGAGCCCUGAACAAGGACCUGACCAGCAGCGUGCUCAUCUUCUCCCUGGGCAAGCGGCGCUGUAUCGGCGAGGAACUGUCCAAGAUGCAGCUGUUCCUUUUCACAGCGCUCAUCGCCCACCAGUGCCACAUCACUGCAGACCCGGCCAGGCCGCCAAAACUAGACUACAACUACGGUUUGACUCUGAAACCUCAUGCCUUCUCCAUAUCAGUGUCGCUGCGAGGACAUAUGACACUGCUGGAAGAAGCUACCAAGCAGAUUUUUGCUGAGGAGGUCAAGGGUGAGCCCUCAUCAGACUCACAAACAAAAAAUGAAUAAAAUAAAAACUAUAA